CCCCUUUCGUCAACUGACACUGGCAUUCAGCCUCACAACUGAAGCUGCUCUCUGAAGUUUAAAAUCCUUAUCUGAAUCAUGGGAAACAUUUUUGGGAAUUUGCUGAAGAGCCUCAUCGGUAAGAAGGAGAUGAGGAUCUUGAUGGUGGGGCUCGAUGCUGCAGGGAAAACAACAAUCCUCUACAAGCUCAAGUUGGGGGAAAUCGUCACCACAAUCCCAACCAUCGGGUUUAAUGUGGAGACGGUGGAGUACAAGAACAUCAGCUUCACUGUGUGGGACGUGGGUGGGCAAGACAAGAUUCGCCCCCUCUGGAGACACUAUUUUCAAAACACACAGGGUCUAAUCUUUGUGGUGGACAGUAACGACAGAGAGCGUGUGAAUGAGGCACGAGAGGAGCUGAUGAGGAUGCUUGCUGAGGACGAGCUCAGGGAUGCAGUGCUCCUUGUUUUUGCCAAUAAACAGGAUUUACCAAACGCCAUGAACGCUGCUGAGCUCACAGACAAGCUGGGCUUACACUCCCUGCGCCACCGUAACUGGUACAUCCAAGCCACCUGCGCCACCAGCGGGGACGGGCUCUAUGAGGGUCUUGAUUGGCUGGCCAAUCAACUCAAGAACAAGAAAUAAGAAGACAACUGGAAACAGCAGCGGGCAGCUGCACCUAUCCACCUUUAUAUUGAUUUUUGUUUUUUUGAGAAUGGGGCUGUGGGUCAGGAACAAGGGUUUUGGUUGAUCGGUGCAAAGAAAGAUUCAGGGUCCUGAGGGAGAUUUUCAGCUUUCG